CUGACCUGCCGCGUCAUCACGUGUCCACAGCAGCUGCGACUGAAAGGAUAUCUUCACGCGCAAACGCGCAGCUGAAGGUCGGGACGAUGAUUUAACGCGAUGGCGGAGAAGCGUCGCGCCGGUGUCGCGAUCAUGUCCGACUCCAAAUCUGCCAAAGCCGCGGGGGACGAGCAGCUGCUGUCGCAGGCCGGGGUCAGCGCGCUGCUGCGGGGGGCUCUGCUGCGGCUGCUGGAGUCCAGGCCGCUGGACCCCGUGGGCUUCCUGGCCGAGCACUUCGCGCAUCUGUCGUCGGAGGCUGAAGACGGAGCGCCGGAGCGUCGCAGCGUGAGCCGCGCUCUGUGGCACCUGAGCCUGGCGCAUCACUCUCACAGGUCAGCGUUUAACAACAACGUCCGUGUGGCGUAUGAGCUGCUGACGCAGAGCGUCCCGCGUCGUCUCGGUGCCGGCGGUGUUCGCGGGAGGCUCUACUCAGAGAUGCUGCGGUGUUUGUGCAGUGAAGGCGGGCUCUCGGGCUCCACCGCCGCUCCGCUCCUGCGCCGCAUCCAGAGCCACGACUACGAGUCUGUGCCCUUCGAGCUCUUCCGGCAGGGCGUCCUGACCUGCGCCGUGUUCGCCGACUACAUCCGUAAGUCUCAGUGUCUGUACGCGGCGGUGGCCAGCGCUCCGGACCGUCCCGCUGAGAGGACGCUGUGCCAGGCGGUGCUCUCCACCCUCCGUGAGGCACUGGAGACGGCAGGCGGCGCUGACGUGGCGCGAUAUCUGGAGGCCAGCGCCAAGAUCUCUCCUGCCAAAGUGGCUCAGGCCAUGGCCGAGGUUCAGCCGCGCGCGCAGCAGCAGGACGGUCCCACGAUGGACGCGCAGGAGUUUGAAGACGACGCCGCCGCGCUCUUCAUCGCUCGAGUGCGAACCGUCACCUGAGAUCACCAGGAGUUCUGCAUGGAUCAUUAUCACUGAGAGCCGAGCAUACUGCACAAACAAGAGUAUAUCGAACGUUACAUCUUAAACCGUUGCGUCAUGUUGCAUUCAAGUUUGACAUUUAGAUGUUGUGAAAUUGUUGUUGAAAACAUUGGCGUUUUCUCAAGCCGUUUGACUUCACACUGCUGUCUGGUUUUCCAGCACAAAUAUCUAAAUAUUCUUCAAUCAAGAUGCAUUUACCAGAGAAGCAAAAUGACAAGAUAUAAAGUCUUGUCUUCUGAAAGAAAUGCUCAAAGUUAGGUGAGUUUAUGCUUAAAACAAGAAAGUGAGAACAGAAACAUAAACUUAAUUCAAAGGGAAAACCAGACAUUUGUUCUUGUUUUAAGCAGAAACUCGCUUAAGUUGAUAAUUUUUACCCAGAAAACAAUAUAAUUAUAAUCUAGAUUUUUUAGAUAUUUGUGCUGGAAAACAAGACAAAAACCCUAAGUUAGAAAAAACUUUUUGCAGUUUAUGAAUAUAAUAAAGAUAAUAGCAAAUAUAAUAAUUAAAUAACAAAUAAAUACUAGAUUUUUUACCAGCAUCCAAUAAGAAACACCUUAACAUCGCAUCAGCUUCGACAAAAUUAACAACAGUUAGCUUCUUUUUGUAAAAGCGUGGCAUAUUUGUGACGUAUUAAAAAGGUUUGGAAAAGUCUUAAUUCGUCCUUCCACAAACUAAGGCCUUAAAAAGAGCUUAAAUCAGACGGAACGUCUUAAAUUCAUAAAGCCGUGGCAGUAAAUGUUGCAUGAACUGCAGAAACAAUGAACAUCUUCCUCAGUGUUUUAAUCAGUACAGUAUCUAAAUAUCCUUCAAUCCAGACGUCUUAAGGAUUUUAAGAUGCAAAAUGAAGAUAAGAAGUCUUGUAUUUUGAGAAAUUGAAGUUUAUGUUUAUAAAAUCUGUUUGGAUCUUGUUUUAAUCAUAAACUCAUUUUUCACCCAUCACAUCUCAUCCACUUUCUCAGAAAACGACACUUCUCAUCUUUUGUCAUUUUGCAUCUCAAGUAAAUGAAUCUUGAUUUAUGAGUUUUUAGACGUUUGCACUUGAAAACAAGACAAACGUACCGAAGAAGAGCAUCACUUUUUAUUUAUUUUUUUAGAAAAUGCAUUUAAUGUAUUUAUGUUUCAUGCACUUCAGAUCGAAGUGAAAUGAUGAUUUGACCUCGUUACUGUAGCCGAAGUCUAAUUUCAGCGCGAGAAACCUCAGUUCAGCAAGUGUUUGUGGUGUAUUUCUGUUAUAGAUGUGCAUCUGAAAGCACACCGUUCCCUUUUCAGUUUCACAGAUCCUGAGCUCAGCAGGAGCCUGCAUCCACAACACAUUUUACUGUUGCAUUUGCAAACGAAUUGCAUUUCCAGUUAGAACAAAAACAACAUUUUAUUGAUUUAUUUAUGCAGAUGUGCACGGAUGAAUCGCUCGCAAUAAGAAACCUGAAUUAAGAAAGAGACUGUAAAUGCUGACUGUUGUCUUAUUUGCAUUAGCAGAGAAAUAAAGAUAUAACCGAGAACCGUCUCAUCUUUACAGCUCCGCUUGUACAUGUGCAAGCAUUUAUUUAUUUACAGGUUUACUUUCCAUCCUGUUAGUCUUCUGUAAAAUCCCUUAAUGUUUUUUUUAAUGCAGAACAAGAACAUUUACAUACAUUUACAUACAUUUGCAUACAGAGGAUUUACACAAUGUACUCACUGAUACAGUCACAGGGAAAUGAACAGAAAGAAACAAAUACCAAAUAAAUUAUGCAGGAAAUUC